UGGACUUGAGUUAGUACGCCGGUGACUCUUGUUGCAGAUGGCGAGUGUUGCUCUAUAAUAUGUUAGUUGUUGUUAUUUAAUUUAUAAUUGAAGUUUACAAAACUGUUGAAAUUUUCACUUACAAAACUAGAAUUAGAAUCAAUUAUAUUUACUCUUCAAAAAAGAUAAUCAACGAAAACAAACAAAACAGCCACGCGAUUACGUAUAAAAAAUGUCGUUGACCACUCAGCGUGUAAUCACACUGCUGGCGCUUAUCAACGCCUCGUGUCUGGUGCUAAGUGUAAGCGCAACGGCGAAUGAUGAAAUGAGGAAUGUCUUAAUACUGUUAGCAGAUGACGCGGGCUUCGAGUCGGGCGCUUACCUCAACAAGUUCUGUCAGACACCCAAUCUGGACACAUUGGCCAAGCGCGGUUUGCUAUUCAAUAAUGCCUUCACCUCGGUGAGCAGCUGUUCGCCUAGCCGCGCACAACUCUUAACCGGUCAGGCGAGUCAUAGCAAUGGCAUGUAUGGUCUGCACCAGGGCGUGCAUAACUUCAAUGUGCUACCUGGCACCACAUCGCUGCCGAAUGUGUUGCGCGAAAAGUCCCAGGGACGCAUUCUAAGCGGCAUCAUUGGUAAGAAGCAUGUUGGCGCUAGCUCUAAUUUCCAAUUUGACUUUGAGCAAACCGAAGAACAACAUUCAAUCAAUCAAAUUGGACGCAAUAUAACGAGAAUUAGACAUUACGCGCGUGAAUUCUUUGCCAAGGCAAGCGUGGAGGCGCGUCCGUUCUUCUUGCUUGUCGGCUUUCACGAUCCACAUCGUUGUGGGCAUAUAACGCCGCAAUAUGGUGAAUUUUGUGAGCGUUGGGGUUCCGGUGAAGAGGGUAUGGGCAUUAUACCCGAUUGGAAACCGAUUUAUUACGAUUGGCGUAAUUUGGAAGUGCCGCCGCAUUUGCCGGACACGGAUGUGGUGCGUCAGGAGUUGGCCGCUCAGUAUAUGACCACAUCGCGCUUGGAUCAAGGUGUGGGUGUUGUACUGAAAGAGCUUGCAGCGCAUGGAUUUGACGCAAAUACUUUAGUUAUUUACACAUCCGAUAAUGGACCACCAUUUCCGGGCGGACGUACAAAUUUAUACGAGCAUGGCGUGCGUGAACCAAUGAUUAUUGCUGCACCAACUAGCCAGGCGCGUCGUCAUGAGACCACCGGCGCUAUGUCUAGUCUGUUGGAUGUUUUCAAUACCGUUCUAGAUGUGUUUCACUAUUACACACCCACUGCAAAUACAACCAAAGAUGAUGUUACGAAAUCGUUAUUGCCAAUUCUUUACAAAGAACCGCAACCGGUUGAAAGUGAUGCAGUGUUUGGUAGUCAAAAUUUCCAUGAGGUCACAAUGACCUAUCCAAUGCGUAUGAUACGCACGCGCCGUUAUAAAUUAAUACACAAUUUAAACUUUUGGUCAUACUUCCCCAUCGAUCAAGAUCUAUACACGUCGCCCACCUUUCAGCAACUUUUAAACGCAACGAUCGCCAAACAAUCAUAUCCAUGGUAUAAGACGCUGUUAUCCUACUAUGAAAGACCGGAAUGGGAGCUAUACGACAUUAAAGCGGAUCCUUUGGAGCGUUACAAUUUAUUUGGUAAAUCUAAAUAUCAAAGCGUAUUCCAGGAGUUAAGUGCUCGUUUGUCUAAAUGGCAAGUGAAUACGGCGGAUCCUUGGCGUUGUGCGCCGCAUGCGGUUCUAGAGGCACAGGGUGUGUACAGAAACAGUCCAGUAUGUUUGACUCUGGGGCAUGAAGCUCUACGUCGCCCACUCACUCAAUAUGAGAAGUAUGAGUUGCUUUAAUCGUAUCCAUGAAGUUACGAAGUGGCGUCAUAUUAUAUUUAUACUAAUGCUUAUAUAUAUAUAUAUAUUUAUAAAAAUGUCAUAUCAUUAAAAAAACAUAUUAUAUAAUAUUUGGGAAUAUGUCAGCUCCGUUUCUAGGAGAAUGAAUUAAAUAUUGUAAGUACUCUGAAAUUGAAAUUCGGUAUAGCAAUAAGCCGCUUCUAAAGGAUUAUUUUAUGAUAGAUUAUUAUCAUUAUCUAAUUAAUUAAGUAGGUGUUUAAGGUGCGCUGUUGGGUGUUUAUGAGAAGCUUUUUCAUAACAGAAAAACAAUCAGCGGUUUGUCAUCGAUUUUUGGUUUUUGACGGGAACUGGGAUCGAACCAAGGUCCAGCACUACUAAAUAUUAGUGUGCCUUUAACCACUUUUUCAGCAUGGUAAUCUAAUUUUAGUUAUGGUUACGUGAAAAUUUGAGUGAACGGGUUCACCAGGCUUUUCUUAGGAUGGGAGACUGUUUGUAUAUGGAGACUUAAAGGUGUAAAGUAUUUAGCAUCCGAAUGGCUAUAAAAUAUGCAUGUACAAUACUUCUCUAGGGUUAUAGCUAU